AGCUGAGCUCAGUUUCCAUUUAGCCUCUGAAAGGAAAGCACUGAAAGGAGCACUCCCAACCCAACCCAACCGGACUCAACAAUGCCGAGCUCCCCCCAGAUAAAGUCACCCGUUUCCGGUCCCGGACUGCUGCAAGUGGCAGUAGGUCUAUUAUUCGUGGUUUCCGGAUCUCUGGCUGCUCCGGACUCCAAGAGCGACAAUGUCAAGGCCUUGGACCGCCUGCACGCCGAGCUGCUCCUCAACUACGACGCGAGCGUGCAGCCCCAGUUCGAAGGAGCUCCCUCGAAGGUGCUCCUCGGCCUGGUGGUCAACUACUUGGACAUCGACGAGAUGAACGGCAAGCUGACGGUCCACUGCUGGCUGAACAUCUGGUGGAGGGACGAGGAGCGCACGUGGCAGCCGUCCAAGUACGACAACAUCACUCAGAUCUCGCUGGGCGCCGGCGAGGUGUGGACCCCGCAGAUCACGCUCUUCAACGGCGACGAGGGGGGCCUGCUGGCGGACACCCAGGUGCUCCUCAGGCACGACGGCCUCUUCCGGCGGACGCCGCCGGCGCUCUACACGGCGUACUGCGACCUCAACAUGCUGAACUGGCCGUACGACCGGCAGACCUGCACGCUGAAGAUCGGCUCCUGGGGCCUGAGGAACAUCGCGGCGGACGGGAACGGCAGCCUGGCCAGGAACGACGACCAGGUGCAGUCGCCCGAGUGGCAGAUCGUGGACUCCCGGGCGCGGUUCGUGGCCCAGGACUACUACGGCUACCUGGAGUACACGCUGACGGUCGAGCGGCGCUCCUCGAUGUACACGGCGGUCAUCUACACGCCGGCCUCCUGCAUCGUCGUCCUGGCCCUCGCCGCCUUCUGGCUGCCGCCGCACAUGGGCGGCGAGAAGAUCAUGAUCAACGGGCUGCUCACCAUCGUGAUCGCCGCCUUCCUCAUGUACUUCGCCCAGCUGCUGCCCGUUCUGUCCGACAGGACGCCGCUCGUGGUGAUCUUCUACAGCAGCACCCUGCUCUUCCUGAGCCUGGCCAUGGUCCUCGAGGUGGUGGUCCUCUACAUGGCCACCGCCAAGCACAAGAAGCGCCUGCCGGAGGCGCUGAGCAAGCUGCUCCACGGCAGGGCGGGCACCUGGCUGCUCCUCUCGCAGUUCAGCACCUCCGGCCAGUUCCGGGCGGAGGCGGACGAGAACCACUACGACACGCCAUACGACGCCGAGGAGGAGGAGCACCCGACCAGUCCGCUGAGCCUGAGUGCCGCGGAGGGGCCCAGCUUCAAGGACCUCCAGUCGGACUGGGCGCUGCUGGCCACCGCCGUGGACCGCGUCUGCUUCGGGGUCUUCAGCCUGGCCUUCCUGAUCCUGGCCAGCUACUGCUCCGUGUGAAGUCCUGGAACGCAAGCCUCAGAAUUAUGUACUCCGGAGGAAGGGUAUUUUUGCUUUACGCUCUCAUGUAUUUACUCUGUGCGAACUUAGAAUUACUCAAUGGCGAGACCCCGAUUGGAAUAAAGGAUCUCCGGCGAA